UGCCCGGUGGAAGGGUAGCCUGUGCUUGCUCUGGUUUCUGCUCUCUUUAAUAUAUCCUUCAGUCUCACUAUGGAUCUCCUCACAGUUACGCUGCUGGGCCUCGCUAUACACGGUAGCGAAUGCAGCCCGAUUGUCGCCCCGCCGCGCCACACCGCCAGACCCGGAGAAAGCGUCACGAUGCAGUGCAGUAUCGGCACCGUGCUGGCGGAGUCCCCUCUGAUCAGUUGGUACCGAGAGCUGCCGGGCGGGGUCCUGGAGCCCGUGACUCAGAUUAUCAGACAUGUUCUUACAAAUGGGCGCUAUACCGGUGAAACAUAUAACGAGAACGGGAGCUUUUCUCUAACGAUUGGAAAUGUUCAAAGGAACGAUUCGGGAUUGUAUUUCUGCAUCGUCGGGGCUUCAGGCACAUUCACCCCCGGCAGGAGCUCCAGGCUGGUUGUAGCGGACCCGCAGAGAACCCCGAGUGUGCAGCUGUUCUCCCCGGUCUCGGCUGAAGGCGAGUCGGGCUGGACUGAGCCGGUUCCGGUUGUGUGUUUAGUGAGAGACGCCUCCCCACUCUGGGGCCCAGUCCUCUGGACAAUCCCCGGGCUCUCCGCUGAACCCCCGCCGGGGCUAGACGAGGUGCUGAUAGAACCUGACGGCUCUUACACCGUGACGAGUCACACCACAGUCAGCGCGGAGCAAUGGGAGAGCGGGGGAGCGGCGUGUGAGGUUCGCAAUAACGCCACCGGACAGGUUUCUGCAUCCGGAAAAGGCACACAUGGGAAUUCCAUUUUUGGAGAAGGGGAUACAACCUGUCUGCAUGUUCUAUAUUAUGGAGUGCCUGGAGUUUUCUUUUUGUUCUUGAUAGUGGUGACCAGUGCAUGUUUCUGUAGGAAAAGACUGAGAACAGUGCAAAGAAGUAGGAAAGUGGAACUCACUGCUCACCACAGUGGCUCAAGACAGAGGAAAACCAGAGAGGACGCGACUGAAUAUGCAUCCCUGAAUCUCAUCAGAACGAGAUGAUAUCAACUGACAGCCCGUUUGAAUUGACUCAGACUGCAGGCUCUUGGCCUUUGUGUUUGACUUUCAGCCUGCCAACAACCUGUUUGUGAUGUUUCCCAAACAGCAAAUUAUAUUUAAUAGUCAAACAGAGGAUUUUAAUGAUGACUACCAGCUUUAUGUGUUCAUGUUAGUCUCUUUCUGAGCUUGUAACCCUUAUAACUUCGGAACACCUGGUUGGAUCCGCCAUUUUGUUUAAUUGAAAUGAAGAUUUAUAUUUUAUAUAUAUACACACACACAUAUACAUGUAUAUGUUUGUUGCUAUUGGUUCAGUAAACCUUGAGAGAAAGUUGGACAGCAAUAAUGUGGCA